UAUUCUUGUGCUCGACAUGUAAGGUGUCAACAUUUUAUACAAAUAUUUCGUACCAUUUAAUAAAAAGUGCAGACAAACAGAGCAAAAUUCCGAAACAAUUCUUUUAAACUCACUUCAAUUUUAUUCUCCUAACUUAUAAUCACAAAAAUCGACAAGAGAAUGACGAAUGUCGGUUGUGUGGCCAAAUUACUGGGAAAUUUUCAAAUGAACAGCAGUUAUUGGUUGAAAAAGGUUAAUCCCAAUUGGUAUGAAGCCCGUCAGGUGCCGAUAACUUUACUGAGUGAAAAGUCGACUGAAAAGCACUUGUCACGAAGAGCUGAAGCAAGAUGUAAAAAUCUCAGCGACGCACCGAUAUCCAGAAAAAUAAUCCGGCUGUAAAAUUGUUAUAAAUUAUUUGGUGUAAAGUUGGCAUUUAUUAAUUGUCUUGGUAAUCAUUUAACAAAAUUGCUUGAAAUAGCCGUACAAAAUUUUCAUUCAACGUUAAUAGUGAAUUGUAAUCCGAAUCAAUAAAUUAUUUUCAAAUAUAA